AUGGCUUUCACCGUCAUCUUAACAUGCAACAAGGGACCCUGUGAUUUUCUUGUUCCAUCAGUAGCUUGCACUCAACUUCACCACAAGCUUUAUUUUCAGGAGCCAAAGGAGCGCUCAAGAAGGGAGCCAUCUGCUGAAUCUAGAGGCAAGCCAAGCAAGAGGGCGACCAUCGGUCGGAGCAGGAGCGAUUCAUCGCACCGUCGAAAAUCGACAGACUAUUCCGACAGCCCUUGCUCCAAGGACGACUCCUUCGAGGCCGACUCGCUUCCGGGAGAAGAGUACGUGGACGACGACGAAAUGAACAGGAACUGGAACGGGCCCCCACGUUUCCCGAUGGCCCCAUACAACCGAGGUGCCUCCUUCGGGGGCUACCGCGGACGGGGCAUGUAUUCGUGGAAUAGACCCCCUCCUCCACUACAGCCGCCGUACAACCGGUACGAUGGUCCCAGGUCAUCCUUCAAUACGUACGGCCAGCAUCCGCCGGCCGGUGGCCACCCACCGUGGAGCAACGACGACUACGACUGCAGCUUCGAGCCAUAUGGAAAUGGCGGGUGGCAAGGCGGCAGCAAUCGUUGGAAUUGGGACGCCCGCAAAGACACGUGGCAAGGCAACGACGGUGCUAGCAGGGACGAUGGUCAUAGAGACGACGGUCAUAGAGAUGACAGUCGUAGGGACGAUGGUCGUAGGGACGAUAGUCGCAGGGACAACGCUCACAGGGACGAUGGUCGCAGAGACGGCGGUCGCAAGUCGCGUCACCAAUCGCCAGAAAGCGCACCAGGGACAGGUAGUCGCGGCGAGCGUACUGCCACUCGAGACAACAGGGAACAAGGUGGAGAGAAAGUAUCAGCUCGCAGCAGCGGCAGUUUAUCUAAAUUGCACAUUUCCAACGAAAAACCCUCUCCGGCCAGGUCAAGCACUGCAGUGAGUGCCAGGUUGAGGUCGAGUACUGCGGCAGCUAUCAGUGUGCACAUCAGCAACAGAGAGUCACCACUGUCAACAAGGUCUCUGAAAUCGACGGUCGCAGGAACGACGGUGGCCGUUUCGUCAAAGGAACCGGCUGCUCGGAGAGGCGAAAGCGGUGUGAAGAGCGACUCGUCGUGCCAGUCUCAGAAGAAGGAUUCAACGGUGCAGGAGCCAAGUAAAAUCAUUAGGAUCCUAAAGAAACCAUCACCCCAGGCACACUCCGUCAAGUGUGCCUCAUGGAAGGGGCAGCACUUUGCCCUCAGCGGUUCUCAGCAAGGCCACGGUGGAAGUGAAGAAGGAGCCCGUCGAGGACGUGGGAAGCUCAGGCAGAAGCCACCGCAGCAGCAGUCGUCGUCUUCCUCUAAUAGGAACCACCUCAUAUUCGUCUCCUCCGAAGAGGACGACACAGACGCUCACGGCAAGGAAACGUCGAAUCGACAGGCAAGACGGGAUGAUAACACAUCGACGACCGAGAAGGCGGUGCCGAGGGCGAGGCAGAUCGUACCAGUGUUGUCUUCCAGCCCGGAGAGGGGUGACGCUCAGGCAAAGAGGACGUUGAUGAGCCCUAAGCUUGGACCGCUUUCGACCAAAGACGUGUACCGCAGAGAUGUGCUGGACAAGCUGGUGAACUUUCCGUCGUCGCCGCAGGUGCAGGCACAGCUCAACAAGUGGAUGAUGGAAAUGCAGAAGUCACAAAGGUCGGUGAUGCCGCGGAAGACGAUGAAGCUGUGCACGACACAAGCCCGCCUGGGGCAGGACGAUGACCCCUUGCUGGGCAGCAUACCCAGCAUCAACUUCGACGUGCUCGUCAGGCAGGUUGAGUCGUGCGAGCUGCCCGAGGAGAUGCUCAAGAGCCUGAUGCACGCUCUCAACACUGAUGCGGAGCAGCCUCACUCGACCGCAGGUGAAGUGCCGCCGCCAAUCGCGACGGGCCUCGGCUCGAAAGGGAGCGGUAGUCAGCGCGCAACGCCGGAGUUGAGGUCAAGUCCACUGUCCACGACGCCCUCGGGCAGCAGCAGCGUGGCUGCGAGGUCUCCCGCCACAAAGGCGAGUACGGCCCUCGCGAAGAGCUCAAGCGCAGCUGAGAGCCCCAGUGCGAAGAGUGCUUCGGGCAAGUCCGUAAAGUCUGCGGCGGCACCGAGCUCAACCGGCACUUCGUCUUCGGAGGAUGAAUGUGUAGUGGUUCCAGCGCCGAAGAAAAAAGUGGUGCCCGUGGUGAUAGACUCUGACGAGCAUAACCCUACAGAUGAGGAGGACAACAGGCCGAGCACAACAACACCAACAGUGAAGGUGUUGGAAGGAAAGGCUACACCACCAUCACCAGCACCACCACAGUCUGCUCAGUUGUCAUCGCCACCACCGGCACAGCAACGCAGUAAGCAGGUGCGCAGGGUUCAGAAGCCUGCUCGGAGAAAAGGCAGGAAACCUUCCGGGAGUGCGGACAGCACCCUCGUCGAUGGCGCCGCGGCGUCACCAACGCCUUUACCGCCUGUCGAGCCGAGCAGCGACGAAACUGCCGCGGCAGAAUUCCCGCGGGAGUCCAAGAGGCCACCGUCGAGGUCGAAGAGCGCCACUCCCACCACUUCCAACAGCUGCACUGCCUCCACGCCCGCCGUCUCGUCAUCGGGAGCCACGUCGAUCAGCUGCGUCAGACGUCGUUCACAGGCGUCAGUUUCGCCAUCCACAUUUCCGGAGGCUCCGUGGGAGCAGCCCGCGUCGGGGCGCUCGCCGCUGCCAAGUGUCGCACCCACGCCAUCACCACCACUGGAAACAGUUAUCACGAAAAUGGAGCCGCCCCCAACGCCACCGCCUGCUGCCACACCGCCAGACGACACGGUGCCACUGAAUUCUAUUCCACUGGGUGCCAUGCCAUCUGGUGCCGUGCCGUCGGGUACCAUGCCAACGGACACCAAGCCGCCCGUGCAAGUGGCCAUGAAGAGCCUGGUCAACGACCUGGCGCAGCGAUGCCAGCUGGAGGACACCAUCCGCCAGGAACUUGCGCAUGUCGAGCAGGGCAUUGCCUCCGCACUCGCCUCAUUGGAGGAGCUGAAGAAGAGGAAAGAGGAGCUGGUUGCAAGGGAAGCCCAAGUUAGGAAAGAAAGGCUGGAAAUACUGCAGUGUCUUCAAGGGGCUGCAUCAGCUUUGCCUGGUGACGGCCAACCCCUGCUGCACUUCACACUGCCAGCGCAGAGCGCCGCAGCCAUGGAGAUGUUCUCCUCCUUUGGCACCAGUGGCAGCGACGUGAUGUUUGGGGUCUCGCAGGUACCACCACCAGGUGGCACUCCUCCGGUCAUCGCAGGACAGGCGGGAGGGUCAUUUUCUCAAGGACCCACCCCCUCAGCUGCAGAGAUCGCCCAGCUCUUGCUGCCGCACCUCCAGCAGUUUGGCACGGACAUCGAUAUCAACAAACUGUCCACGUCGCUGGGUCAGAGUGGCUUGUCGAUGCCCACCAUGUCACCCGAAGUGAGCGGCGGGCCGUCGUCAAGACGAGCCACAGCGAAGCGGAAAACAGCGAGGGACGGAGAGCCAACCAUGAGGAAAAGAACAAGGACAACGAAGACAGAGGCAGAUGGAGAAGCUGAGGAGUCACAGCUGGAUCAGAUUCCUCCUUGCCAAGAAAUUUCAGCGCACGACUCGCCCGUUGUGGCGCUCAAGCUGGUCGGGCAUUACGUCUAUUCCUGUUCCAACGACUGUUCUGCUCGUCGUCACAACCUCCUGGAUUCCAGCCAGUGUGUCAUAUACCUGGGAAGCACCAAGACGGUGAAUGCAAUCGAAGUGCACAACAGUAAGAACCAGCCUACGGUGCUGUACACUGCUUCGCUCGACGGGCUCCUUCGGUCGUACGACCCUGAGACGGGGGAAUGCACAAACACCUUCGACGCGGAGGCACCAAUCAUCUGCACUGCACUAGCGUGGGGUAAAAUAUACCUUGGCCUCCAGACGGGACACGUUGCUGUCUUCAACCUCAAGAGUCAGAAGUUACAAGACAACUUCUUUUGCUCCAACACCUCUCUGAGCCGCAUCACAACUUCAACCGAAGGAGCCCAGAAGCUUCUGUGCACGAUCUCGUUUGACGGCGGCAUCACGGUCCGUGACCCAUCGACCGGUCUCCUCUUCCGGUGCCUCGAGGGAGUCGUGCAGCCUCCGUGCUACAUCUCCGUCAACAACGGCACGGUCUACACAUCUUCGACGGACCGCACGAUACGCAUCCACGAGCUUCGGACGGGAAUCCUCCAGAAGGUGUACGAAUGCCGGAGUGCCGCCACAGGUCUGCGUUUCCACAAAGGCCUCAUCGUGUGCUGCUCCUUUGACGGCCUCAUACGCUGCUACAGGGCCAAGGACUUCUCGUGCGAAGUGGUCUACUAUGGUGCAGGCAAGAACAUGGUUAUGAGCAUGGACGUCUGUGGCCCGCUGAUUGCCACUGGCAACCGCAAGGGCAAGAUUGAAGUGGUCAAGUUUGAUAAGUCAAGCCUACAGACCUGCGAGAUUCGUUCGUGCAACCUAAAGUUCGCACGGGAGGAAGACUUGGUGCACCACCUCAAGCGCGAGCACAUCGGUCUCGGAGCAAAGGGCGCCAUGACGUGCCCGUGGAACCAGUGCCAGAUGAGCUUUUCGGGACCCAACUGCAACAAGGACUUCGAGAAACACCUGAUGGACCACGCUUGCACGUGACGAUGCCCACUGGCCGUCACCUGUUGACAUUUUUUCCCCGGCCCUCUUCAGUACAAUCGUGUGUCGAGGAACAUUUUUUUCUCGUCGCAAGCCCGAGCUUUGGGGCCGUGGAUCGUUAGUCACAUGGGCGUCGUAACGUUGUCGUGCUCGUCUUCGUAUGAUGUUGCUGUGUAUAUGUGCCUUGUACAUAACGCCUUUCAUAUAAUUGCUUACCAAAGUCAUAACGAUGAAACUGGUCGACGUGAGUGUACAUAAACGUGUUUUUGUAACGCAAGCUCAACACCGCGGCAAGCUCUAGCCAACUUCCUAAGAUGCCAUCUUGUCAGUACUCAUUGUCUCAUGCCAUCGUUUUUUUUUUUUCAUCCUCGUGUUUGUUAGUUUCUCGAACUUAUUUACGUUUGAACAAAAGCGCCACCUAGGUGCCUUGUGUGUGCUGAUGUGUACGCAAAGACCCGCUAGUGUCGUAUCACUUUGUGUUCGGUUGCUCAUUGUUUCGGGGUUCCAAGUUUUUGACCCUUGUCUCAUUGUUGCUGCCUGGCUGUUUGUUUCUUAUUUCCUUUGUUACAUUGUUUUGUGUUUGUUUUCUGCUUUAAUUUUGAUAUGCCAAGAUUUGCAGGGUUGUUUUUUUUUUCUUUUUUUUACACAUGGUACUGGGAGCCAUGUUCUCAGCCAUUCACUUUCACGCGAUGUGUCAUCUAGGGCAACGGUUCUUCACUGGAGAAUAAAUGAGCAAUCUGGUUGCUGGUUUUUCUUAGCAUCUCGUAAAAGCGGUGCCCCUGAAGGUGACUGACUGAAAAUGCCGCUUCCGUGUGCAAUGCAUUGCUCAUUCGUCUUACCUGCAUUUUCAGUAAUUUGCGGGGGCCAGAAUAAAGAGUGCUGUUGAGUUGGA